CGCAUAAUGCGCAUAGACUGCAUUCAAUGUGCUGCGCGCAUUGAUAUCGUUCCGUUUCGUUAAUGCGCAUGAUGCGCGCUUGGAAACGAAACGAUUAUUAUGCGUUUAAUGCGAUUAAAAAAUGGCUACUACCAUGGAUAAAAUAGUUGUAACUUCAUUUUUAUUAAUAAAAAAUAUUGAAGAAAUUAAUUCAAGCAGUGAUACUACUGAUAGUGAUAGCGAAGAUGAAGUGGAAGAUAGUUAUGAAUUAGAGUUAAUAUAUUUAAUAUUGAUGAUUGCUGAAACACGCGGGGAAACCGUUUUUAAUGAAAAAAUGGAUUAUAUUGAGCGAGUUGUUCCUAAUUAUUCUAGAACGGUAUUCAAAGAACAUUUUCGAAUCUUUCCUGAAACUUUUGAAAUGGUACUGACAAUAAUUGGUCCAGCAUUACGAGCAAUUAAUAAUACACUCUCUGGCAGAAAGCCAAUACCAGAAAGAAAACAAUUAUUUAUUGCUAUUUGGUUUAUGGCUACUCCUGAUUCUUACAGAUCUGUAGCGACAAAAUUUGGAGUAGGCAAAGCAACUGCUUUUCGAGCAUUGAGGCGUGUAACAUAUGCUCUCCAUUGUGUUGCACCUCAAUUUAUUAAAUGGCCGAGAGAUGAGAUUGCCGUUAGUGUAAUGGAACGAUUUAAACGAUCAUGCGGCUUCCCAAAUGUUAUCGGAGCGAUUGAUGGGACUCAUAUUAAAAUCCGAGCUCCUCCUAAAGAUGCUCAAUCGUAUAUUAAUCGAAAAGGUUUCCAUUCCAUUAACGUGCAAGUAAUAUGUGAUUCUCUUGGUCGUUUUACACAUGUAUAUGCUGGACAAGUUGGAUCAGUCCACGACUCUCGAGUUUUUCGAAACUCGCCAGUAGCCCGGUUUGUUCGAUUGCCCGAAGAAUAUUUCCCCAAUGAUUCACAUAUCAUCGGAGAUGCUGCAUACCCAUUCAACCUCACAUAAUGGUGCCUUUUCGAAAUAAUGGAUA